CUUCUCGCUUCGAAAAAGAAACAGUGAUUCUACUUCUCCCAUCUGAAUUAAACAUGGCAAAAACCUUAGACACUUGAUAGAACAACACACACACAAUUAGACAGUUGUGUAUGUAAAAAGUGAAACUUUUUUAUUAGUCUAACAUAUAUCAAUCUUCAAAAGCUCAAAAAUGUUGAGAAAGGGUGGAGCUUUAUUGCUAAGAAGACCAUUUUGCAGCAGCAGUGAUGGCUUCUCAGGCCCUUCACAAUCAAAAGUCAAGAUCUUUGACCGCAAUCUCAAACGGAAACAGCGUGAUAGGGCUGCAUGGUUGAUGAGCCCAAAGGAUACAUUGGUUGAUACUGUGGCUGAGAAUAUCCUGGAUCGAUUAGAGGAUUGCAAAAAGACAUUUCCUACAGCACUAUGUUUUGGUGGUUCCUCAGGAGCCAUUAGGCGUUUGCUACGUGGCCGUGGUGCCAUUGAAAAGCUAAUCAUGAUGGAUACAUCAUAUGACAUGUUAAAAUCAUGUCAAGCCACUAAAUACGAUGAUAGCAUUGAAACAUCAUAUAUUGUCGGCGAUGAAGAGUUUUUGCCUAUAAAAGAAAGUUCUGUAGAUCUUGUAAUAAGUUGCUUGGGACUACAUUGGACAAAUGAUCUCCCUGGAGCCAUGAUUCAGAGUAGAUUAGCGCUGAAGCCUGAUGGAUUAUUUCUGGCAGCCAUUAUGGGUGGAGAAACGCUGAAAGAGCUAAGAAUAGCAUGCACCAUUGCACAGAUGGAGCGGGAAGGGGGUAUCAGUCCACGAGUAUCACCACUUGCACAAGUCCGUGAUGCUGGAAAUCUUUUGACAAGGGCAGGCUUCACGCUUCCAGGUGUUGAUAUGGAUGAAUAUACAGUUAGAUAUAAAAGUGCACUGGACUUGAUAGAGCACCUGCGUGCAAUGGGUGAAACUAAUGCUUUGGUACAAAGACACAAGAUCUUGAAGAGAGAAACAGCUCUGGCCACUGCAGCUGUUUAUGAGUCAAUGUUUGCAGCAGAAGAUGGCACUAUCCCAGCUACCUAUCAGAUUAUAUACAUGACUGGGUGGAGGGAACACUCUUCUCAACAACAGCCCAAGAGAAGGGGUUCUGCCACUGUAUCAUUCCAGGACCUUCAGAAGCAGUUUGGCAGCAAUACCAGUAGCCAUUGAGUUCUCUCACCUUUCCCUCGAUCAUUCAAAUGAAAGUGAACUGCGUCCUUAUCUUCAAACACAGCAGACAUUUAGAUACUUCCCCUAUGGGGAGGGAGACGGAUAGAUUUUUAUUUGCAUGCAA